AUGAAAACUCACAAAACAGCGUCAUCUACCGUUCAAAAUCUUCUUUUUCGCUAUGGACUCCGACACAACCUCACAAUCGGCGUUCCAAAAAGUGGUCGCCAGCACCAUCUCCUCGGGUACCCACAUUUCUUCAAUAAAAAUAUGCUUCAAAAAACUCCGACUCCAGUACAACUUAUCGCCAGCCAUGUUCGAUUCUCCGAAGAUAUAAACGAAGUUUUGCCAAAUGCGACGAGAAUAACGAUUCUAAGAAACCCAGUAGAGCAAUUUGUCAGCAACUUUUUCUUCUUUCAUAAAAUUGCCCCAUUCAAGGACCUCGAAGAAAGCAUUUCAGGCCUUGAAGAAUUCUUCAAGUCACCGCGAAAAUACUUCGCUAGAAAAUCUUGGGGGCAAUGGAUGGCGAAAAACUCCAACUUCUUCGACCUUGGUUUUUCGAAUGACAUUUCGAAUGAAUCUGAAAUUCGCGAAAAAGUGGAGAAGACGAUCGAGUACUUUGACUUCAUCAUGAUCUCUGACAGAUUUGACGAGAGCUUGAUUUUGGUGAAGGAGAAAUUUUGCUGGGAUUGGGAAGAUGUUCUUGUGUUUUCGAAAAAUGUUGGCUCGAAGAAUAAUUUAACAAUUUCUCGAGAACUCGAGAAAAAGAUCAAAUCCUGGAAUCUUGCUGAUUCGACUCUUUAUUCGCGAGCACUCCAAAAUUUUGAAGUUGCUAUAGAAUACUUUGGAGAAAAUAGAAUGAAGAACGAAAUCGAAACGCUACGAGUCAAACGACAAGACGCACAAGAAAAAUGCUCGACCGAGAAAGAUACACAAUCGCAAAAAUGUAAAUUACUUGGUUUCUCUGAACACGAUUUUACGAAUUUUAUUUGGAAUAAAAAUGCUGCCGAUAGCUAG